AUGCCUCCAGUCAAAGCACCUAAAGCUAAUACACCUCACAUAAAGACAAAAAACCAAUUAAAAGCGCUUUGCCGAGAAUAUGAACUGCCAGCGUGGGGAACUAGAGCAGAUCUCGAAGAUCGUAUUCGAGAUCGAGAAAAAACGCCAGCAAAAAACAGAAUAUUUGAUUAUGUUGUAAAGAAAAGUAAACCCAAAGCUUCUUUGCCAUCUCCAAUCUUGACUUCAUUAUCGUCGAAGCCUUUAUCUUCAUCAUCCACAUCAACAACACCAUUGUCGUCGCCUUCUCCAUCAAAAACCCUGUGUUCGUUGCAGGCAAAAAACCUUGAAUAUGAUCUUGAGUCUGUUGAGAAAUCUGUUGCUGAUACUUUGUGUAUGAUGAAAGCUGCAAAGUAA